UCUUCGUUUAUUUCUUUCUAAGCCUCUUAGAUGGGCUGGCACUCCCAGUGCGUUUCAGGAGUAGAAAACACCUGUUUUGGUGACUGCGGAUUGUACGAAGUACAGUCUGAUUGAAACUCACAGUGGCUGAUACUAUACAUACAUACUUAUGUACGUAUUAUCGUAAAGCAGGAUAAACAAUAAGUUUGAGCGUUUGGAAUAAUUGUUAAAUGCGGACGAAAACCAUCAAUAUCCCCAUCCACUGCUAUAUGCAUGAAAGCUGACACGACGAAACCUAUUAGAAGAUGUUUAAGUAAAUCAAUAACCCACUUUAGAACUUGUCCGAGACCUUAAACAUUGUUAGAUUUUACAAACAAUCACCAGUAAAAACAUAAGAAGUACUUGCGCCUAAGUUCGGGAGUAGCCGAACAUUGCAUACCUUCGCAAUUUAUAAACUUUAUCCGCAUCCACAGGACACCAGAACGCCAUCACCACCUAUUAAGAGUGUCUAGAAACUCUUGUACCUCAAUUUUCACCCAGGAUAUAGCUUGCACCGACGAACAGACAGACAUGGGCCAACCCUAUUAUUUAACUAGAACCAAGAAGAUUUGCCUUCAGUUGCAUGCUGAUUGAUAAAGAGUUUACUUUAUUCAGUUUAGAGGUUUGAGGAGUAAGAACGAGGCACAACAACUACAAUAACAAAACCAUAUACACGUAUCUAUACGUGUAAAUGCUUGUACGUCGUAAGAAUUUUGAUUGUGUCUGUAAGACAUAGCGCGGUUGAACUGGAUGUGUAAGUGAAAUUCCAUUGGUCUGCUGCAGCGGCGGCAAUAGCGACGACAGUGACAGCAACAAUAAAUAACUUGAAUGGUCGGACUGCAAAAAGGCAGCGAUUACGACGAAGGCGAAGGCAUGGAACGAAGGUCAAUAAAAUAAACCCUAAACAGCUUUCAAAUCCUUAGCCGACCGAUUGAGCCUCGGCAGCUAUUUUCACGAGUACAGUUAAAAUUACAUACCAAAACUAUUUACUGCAAGGUAGAGUGUUACAAGGUAAGACUUAUGAGCGCAAAUAAAGUAAUUCCCUAUUCUCAACUUUUUUCAUAGACUUCUCAACCAUGAAGUUAGUUCGGGCUUGUCUUCAUUCAAGUCGACACCGCAAAGCUUUUGGAACGAAAAAGCUUUCUUAUGAAAACAUUAGUAAAACCACCGGAACAGAAAUCAGAGUCCGGCCCUAUAAUUAUUUUGCUUUCAAGCAGGCAGCUUAAAAAGGUUGUUCGGUGAUACGUACAUACAUAACUGUAGAUACACAACCAAACUUUAGAGUUUAUAUGAACAGAUGGAAAAAACAUUUUCACAUCUUAGCAGUUAUAAUACAUAUAGUGUAUGUAUAUGUAUGUUUCAAGUACCUAUUAAUAAACAGAAAUGAUCAGGUCGAUCGGCGCUCGAGACCAACUGACGAACAGUCAGCUAAACAGGCAAAGCCAAGACAGGUCAGGCUUCACCGAAGACCAAGCUGAUGCAGCGCACACAAAUUGCCGCACGAGCUCGAAAUGCUCCUACCUCCUUACCUACGUACACACCAUUCCUUACAUCGGUUAGGCUCAGCUCAACCCAUUCAAGUUAUGCUUGCAUAUCCAACUUACAGAUUCUCGCGAACUGGUUCCAUCGCCAUGCUGGGACAGUGGGUAGUUGUUGUUGUGCUGAGAAGGCUAGCAAUUUCGUAUUCUUAUUUUUAUUUCGUCUUUCUUAUGUUUCAGUUCAUUUUAUAAACGCGCGCUCCUCCCGCCUCAUUCUUGCGAUGCAUGCAUAUACACACAUUCAUAUGUAUAUGUAUGUGCAUGCUCCUUGGCCGAUUUUUCUAAGGGAAAAGAUUCUUAACUUGCUGCAGCCUAAACCACAUUCUCAAAAUAGUUGUAGGAAUGUCAGAAGAGUUUUUGGACCAAAUUUUUCUCCUGUUCAACAGCCAACAAGUCCGUCUUGUGGUGCGACGGAUUCAAAAUAAUCUUUAGUUGACAAAAUCGGCAGCAUUACGAGGCGAAAAUGGUGCUAACCGGGUUCUGGUUUUGAAUAGAAAACAUUCUAUUCUGCAUUUCUGACAUACACUUAGAUACAUAAGUACAUACAUACAUAUGUAUAAAAGCGCCUGUUUGUAGCCAUUCACGAGGAAGAGCGAAGCUUUGAAAUGAUUGGAAUUUUUAUUUUGCCCCAAAAUCACUUGGGGAAUUACCAAUGAACGCCGUAAAUGCAAACAAUUCGCGAAGAAUUUUCUAUAAUGCUGUAUGCGGGCAGGUAUGUAUGUAUGUAUGUUUUGUUGUGUGCGCACAUUGUCAAAUACAUAUGAACGCAUUUGUAUCCAUACACAUACACACAUACAUGUUUACAGCGUCAAAUAAUACGGCCAAAUGCGAACAAAGUAAAGCGAAUUCAAAUUAAAACAUAUCUCCACAUUUCGCAUACAAACAUAUUAACAUGUGUGCAUAUGUGUAUACAUGUAUGUAUGUAGUGUGUUCAUAUGCUUAAAAACAAAUGUACGUAUGAAAUAAGGUAAACAGCAUAAAUACCGAAACUUGUUUUGGCUACCAAACGCGUACGAGCCGCGAGAGCUGAGCAAUCGAUGGCGGCGCAGAGUUUUUUGGGGAGGGAAGCAGCCAAAGCUCCAUAAUAUCAACGGCAAAAGAGCGCUGGAACACUGGAUCGGUCGAUCGGUCGAUCGUUCGAUUGUCGAUUUAUUGAAUCGUUUGUUGCCCAUACUGGCUGGAAUGACUGCAAUAAAGUGAAAUUCACGAUGCACCAAAUACCAUUGAAUGCGAAUUCGCGAUGCAAUGCCAAAGUACGCGGAGCAACAUACCAAAUCAAACCGAAACCAAGCUCAACCCAACUCACAUACUCGUAUCUGCAGCCAGGAGCCUUGCGCCAGAUUUACAGUGUGCAUUUCGAAAUAGUUGAAAUGAGCCCUAAUGAAGGGACCGUCGUAUUAAUUCGUUAAUUAAACCCUUUGUACUGAAACGUUGUUGGAAAACAAGUAAGAUGGGUUUCUUUAAACGUUGCUUCAAUUAGAAUAAGGUGGAUUUUUUGCUUUUCGGGUAGUAUUGCACUUACCGUGUAUUUUUGCUGAUAUUUAGAAAAUAUAUUUUUUAUAUUCUUUGCAUUUGGAAAAUACUAAACGAGGGCGUAAAAAAUCAUAAUUUACGCAUAUUAUACAUGUAUGUAUGUAUGUAUGUAACAUAUCUAUGUAAUUAUAUAUGCUGCAUGUACGUAAAAAUCAUACAACCUCACAUACAUUCAUCCAUCCCCAUAUUCUGCUCGCACGCAUGUACUUAUGUUUGUUUACUCGUAUAAAGGUAUUUAUGUAUGCCAAUCAUUGCUGCUACUGCAUCACGCUUUUGCCGCUGAACUGCGCAUACGCAACACAUGACAAACGUCAAGGAAACGGGCUGGCCUUAGUCCCCCUUUUCUUUUGUUUGCUUUGCCGUUUCUGCAGCUACUCUGUGCCUUGUACGCUUCGCCCUCUGGCUGGCGACUCUGGUCCUAAAAAUCAAAGAAAAACACCAAUUGCUGCACAGUAGCAGUUUCAUGUUAAUGCGCUCUGAUAUUGCAGCGAAAUGCUUACAACAAGGCAUCAGGCGCUGCAUUUCAAUUCGCAAGCACAUACAACGUCUUCCAAUUGGGACAAGUCGACAUGAGCAAUAAUUGAGACUUUCGCAGAUUUGAAAAAUCGGCGGCCAGAAGAGGUCGCUGAAAAAUACCACUAUUGUGUCCUUUGCCUUGCUGAAAAACUGAAAAUUAUCGCUUUGCCCUUUUCGAAGAGAUUUUUAGAUCGCUCAUGCCACAUGCUCAGGUUAAAAGAGAAUCCAGCUUCCAGCACUAGCAGUCCGCUAAGCAAAUACCGUGUUUGAAAGAUCAUGUUCAAAAGCAAGCUUCUGUUAUGGAGAGAAGGAAAUACUGACGGCAUUGCCAACUAUGCGAAGGCUUUGUAAAUGCUUGCGACGUGUGAUGGAGCAACUGCUGCAAGAAUCCACAUGCAGUAGAGCAAAGCUGCUCAGCUUUAUGGUAUGCCUCAGUGGGCCCUUAAAUGGGCCAGUCCGAAAUGGUUCCUCUAAAACUACUUACUUUUCAGAUCGCCACAUCUGCCACAUUUGUUCCACGUUGAAUUCCUCUAUUCACCAAUUACUUUGCUCAAAUUUUAAAUUUCUGGUUUUUUCUACAUACGAGUAUGUGCUCCAAACUUAGCCAUGCCUAUAAUGAAGAACCAUCUUAACAGCUGUCUUUGAUUCGCCAAAUUUGGAAGAAUUCACUGGUAGAAAUCGCAUAGCCUAGGGAAAUCAAAUAGAAAUGAAGUAGGCAGCGGUUAUCAUGUUUUUGUAAUGUGAUAUCUAACAUACACACUUCGUGGCGUUGAUUUCAGGAAAACCUAUGGUUGCUUCCGCCAGUGUUUUUUUCGACAGAGGAGUAGAGCUCAAACUCAGCUAGCAGAAAAGUCUCGAAUCGAAAACUAAUAUUACGAAUAAACACCCUGUAGGCGCAACCUUGAACUAUCGCGCCGUCAUGACAACGGAAAAGGCCAAACAAAAGUUUUCAUUUAUUGACAUUUCCGAAGCUUUUAAGAACACAAUAUCUAUUUAUUAAAUGUGGGAACAUAAAGUAGACAAAUAUUACAUUUUCGUUUAGCAGUUUUGCGGUUGGUACAUAUGUAUUUAUAUAUAUGCAGAGAUUAACAUAAAAUACUUCGCGAAAAAUGUGAUGGCUUCGAAGGAAUUCCAAUCAAGUUGUGUGACCUUCGAAAUUGUUGAAAUUAGUUCAUAUCCGGUGUUAAAAAUUCCAACAGGUUAAAUCAAUAAUGUCUGAAGUCAGAGAAGCCAAUUGAAUUUAAAGAGCGAUUGAAGCAGCAAACACUUCACAUAAAAAAUCGAGCAGAGGAAACCUCGAACAGGCAACGAUCUGAGCGGCUAUUGUACGAAAAGCAAAACGCCAUCAAAACAAAAAAAGAAGCGCACACGGUCGGUAGGAUGACGACAGCAGUUCCUUUGGCUCCAUUGGCACCGCUGGCAGCGCUCCCCUCAACGCGCAUGUUGAUGGGCACAGCCAGCAACAUGAGUUCAGCUUGUGCGAAUGCCACGACAGCCAUGGCGUCACUUUCAAUACAGCAGACACAUUCGCAGUCCCAGCCGGAGUUGGAGCCGCAGCUGCCGCCGACGAUAACAAUAGCCGCACUCGAGUGGCAGUAUUUCCAAGCGGUUUCACUGUUUCGGCGGCGAAAAUAUGAAAAAUGCGUUGAGGUGUGCAAUGGCAUGUUGCGCACUGGCCAUGAAACGAAUGUGCAAAUGUUUACCUCUUCGUCGGAGAGCCACGAGGCCGAUGUACAGUACAGUAGGGGAGUUGGCGGCAGCGGCAGUGGCAGCGGCAGCAUAGUCAGGAACAAUAACAACAGCAACAACCUGAAUCUCACAAGCGGCUCAAGGCAGGGGCGAAGCCUCAACCAAAACUUUAAAAGCAACAACACAAAACAUGGUAAUGCCAAUGGUAAUAACAAUAAAGUGAGCAUGCCCACGUGGAUGAUGGAGGGCGUAUGGCAAUUAAAAAUGCGCGCGCUUACCCAACGCGUCUACAUCGACGAUCUGGAGACGGACGAUGCCUUCGAGGGGGAGAAUGAGGAAGUGGAGUUGGAACGAAUCGCCACAGCCGCCCGGCCAGGUACCUCAAUUAAAACUGCAUUCAUACCACGACCAACUACAAGCACGCUGCGAGCUCACACCACAGCUGCAAAAAGAAAUGACCUACCAAUGAGUGAAGGGAGCCGCACCGCGACCACGCAGGGCAGUAAGAGCAUGAGACCCAAAUCGGGUAUGGUGCGGCCGGGGACUGCUACCUCUCGACCUGGUUCUUCAAUGGGUAGCCGUACAGCAUCACGAUGUGGUACUGCUUCGCGCAUUCGUGCUUCUUCUGCCGCCGCAUAUACGGUGGGUGAUGUUACUGCAAAACUGUACCAAGCUUCGCGCCUCAAUCCCACGAUAUACGCCGAACGAGAGGCACUUAUUAAAGCGCUUUUUCAAUUCCUCUACUAUCACGAAUCGGAUGUUCAAAAAGCAUAUUCACUUUGCGAAGCUGUAAUGGAGGUGCACAAACAAAAACGAACUUCUGGCUCCACUCGUUCAGGGGCACCAGUCGAUUGGUGGUGGGAUCAGCAAAUAGGCCGGUGUCUGCUUAUAUUACGCUCUCCACGAAAAUCGGAAACAUUUCUCGUGCAAUCAUUGGCAGUAUUUCCUCACCCCGAUACGUUUUUACUGUUAUCACGAUUAUAUCAACGUCUGGGUGAACCCGAACGUGCACUCGAACUCAUCGGUAUGGCUGUGGACCGACAUCCGUUCAAUGUCACAUUUCGCAUCGAACAGGGGCGUAUUUUUGAUGCUCUAUCCAAACCCGAUAGUGCAAUGCAAAUUUAUCGUCUCAUCACCAAGCUUAAUCCUAUAAAUGUCGAAGCGCUAGCCUCAAUUGCGUUGAAUCACUUUUACGAUGGAAAUCCUGAGAUGGCCCUUAUGUACUACAGGCGAAUUCUAGCUUUGGGAAUUCACUCGGCAGAACUCUAUUGUAAUAUUGCAUUGUGUUGCUUGUAUGGGGGACAAAUCGACUUGGUACUUCCUUGCUUUCAGCGAGCUCUGCUGCUGUCCAAGACUACCAAUGAAAAAGCGGACAUAUGGUACAACAUGAGUUUUGUCGCACUGUCAACUGGCGAUUUUCAUUUGGCUCGUCGAUGUCUUCAGCUCUGUCUAACAGCGGAUGCGUGCAGCGGCGCCGCCCUUAAUAACUUGGCUGUACUGGCAGCGCACUCUGGCGAUCUGAUGCGCGCCAAAUCGUAUCUCCAGGCAGCAAAGGAAGUGCUGAGAGACAGUCCGGAAAUCAACAGUAAUUUAAAAUACAUGCAAGCCCAUUACAAACUCUAACGUAUGAGCGUGAAAACUACAAAAGUUUCUGUAGAGGAGGCAGCGCCCUAAUCUAGCAUACAUUGAAGUUGAUAUUAAGUAUGUAUAGUAUGUAUAUUAUUUAUUUAUUCCAUCAAUUUUAUGUGUGUAAAUAAAUAAUUUCAUUUUA